AUGGCGACACCUCCUCACAUCCCCAAGGACCAGGGUCUGCGUUUCCAGAGGCCAGGCAAUGCCGCCUACGCAAAGGCUGCUGCUGCUAAGGACGCCGCUGCUGCCAACGCUUUGCUCUCUCGUCGGAACGCUCUCUUCCAGGACUAUGCUAGGGCACAUCAGAAGCCUGCCUGGUCGCCUUCAAUAUCUGCCGCCUUCCGCUUCCUCAUCAUCAUUCGCGUCUCUUCCGCCAUGUACUCGGUCAUCAAGGACUGCGACGAGACUUUCGGCUACUGGGAGCCUCUCCAUCUGCUCGUCUUUCCCCCGGGCAAGCACCAUGCAUCCGUACCCUUCCAGACCUGGGAAUACUCGCCACAAUUUGCUAUCCGCUCCUGGGCCUUUAUCGCUCAGUAUCUGCCUUUGACAAAACCUCUCGCCUACUUCGGUGUCGGCAAGCGUCAGAUCUUCUUCGCCGUCCGACUGCUCCUCGCUUUCAUCUCGUCUUUCGUCGACGCCAGAUUCUACAAGGCUGUAGCCGACGUCUUUUCCGCCAGAGUCGGGCGUUACUGCCUCAUGGCUCUGGCCACAAGCGCCGGCGUCUACGAGGCAUCCAUCGCUUUCCUGCCCUCCACCUUCGUCAUGCAUGCUACCACGCUCGCCUUCUCGGCCUGCCUCUAUCCCGCACGCCUGCCCUCCUCCGACCCCUCGGUGCUCUCCAAUCCAUCGCAACGCCCUUUCAGGUCUGAGCGACUUCUUCUUGCCACUCUGUCGUUCGCUGCCGGUGCCAUCAUCGGUUGGCCAUUCGCUAUCAUCCUUGCGCUUCCCUAUGUCCUCGAGCAGCUCUUCCUCCGAGCAGACGACAUUGUCGCCAACGGCAAGGCUUCGAACUGGACAGUCUCGAGAUGGUCUACCGCCAUCGGCGCAGCUGUACUCGCCGCAGGCCUUGCUAUUCCGGCCUUCCUCAUCGACAGCCUUGCGUACGGCAAGCUCUCCUUCGCCCCGCUCAACACGGUUCUCUACAAUCUCUUUUCCGGAAGGAGAGGCGCCGGUCCCGAGCUCUACGGCACAGAGCCAUUCACCUACUACUUUUCCAACCUGCUCCUCAACUUCAAUGUCUUUUUCCCGCUCGCACUGCUGUCUCUUCCGCUGCUGCUGAUUAGCGCCAGGUUUGAUCCGAGACGCUUCCAACGCCCAGUGCUCGAGAGCAAGAAGGGUCAUGCCGCCGUCGAACAGCCAUCGAGCCUGUUCUCGCUUGCCCUCCUCCGCAUCGCGCCCUUCUACUUGUGGUUCCUCGUGCUCAGCAUUCAGGCGCACAAGGAGGAGCGCUUCAUGUACCCGGCUUACACGCUCCUCUGCCUCAACGCUGGCGUCUCGCUCUACCUCCUCCGCACGCUCGCCGAAGUGGCCUUCGUCAAGGUCACAAAGUCACCGUAUCGUGCCUCGAAGUCGAGCCUGUUCACCACCAUGACCUCCUCGAUCCUCGCAGCUGGCCUGUUGCUUGGCGUCCUGCGAUGCGUCGGCCAGCUCAACAACUAUCACUCGCCGUUCGACGUCCUCUUCCACUUUGAAGGGUACGAGCUGCCGCGGGUCGUCGCCGAACUCUUCCCAGAGACGCUCAACGCCGCCGUCCAGCAGCGCAUCGCUCGAGGUCUCUCGCCCGUCGCAACAAAGGAGGAAAAGGACUACAACGAUCGAGGCUACGGCGAAGAAAACAAGGGAGUCAGUGUCGAUCUCACCAUCGAUCUCUCGCCGCUCGCGACGCUCGACACACCGGUGCGUCUGUGCUACGGCAAAGAAUGGCAUCGAUUCCCAACGCACUUCCUCGUGCCAGCGGGUGUCGAGGUCGAGUGGAUCAAGAGCGAGUUCGAUGGCAUUUUGCCUAAGCAUUUUGAUGUAAUUGGAUCGUCCGCUGUGCAGCCUGCUGAUGGGGUUGUCAAGGCUCUCGAUGCUGCGCUUGGGUGGACCUGGCCUUGGGCGACGGUGACGCGUCGCAUUCAAUCGGGAUUCAACGACCUCAACCGCGAAGAGGCCGAUCGCUACGUCGAGGCAAACACGUGCGACUAUCUGGUCGACCUCGACCUGCCCCAUCGCAGCCUGGCAUCCAAGGAGUCGCAGUACGAACCGAGGUACGCGACCAUGAGCGAGCAGUGGGACCGCGUCUUCUGCGGCGCGUUCCUCGAUGCCGAGUUCAGCCGGCCCGUGGUGGACCCACGAGACUCGCUCCCGAGCAAGGUGGUGAGGAAGGUCGCUGCGGCGUUGCAUCGGGCGUUCUGGCUGCCCAAAGCGUGGCCUGGCAAUGCCAAUGUCUACGGCGACUACUGUCUCCUGCGCAGUCGCGAGAGCCGUUUCAAGCCUGCGAGCAGCUCAUGA